AUGGGGGACUGGAGCUUCUUGGGUAACAUUUUAGAGGAAGUCAACGAGCACUCGACGGUCAUCGGCCGGGUGUGGCUCACCGUGCUCUUCAUCUUCCGCAUCCUGAUCCUGGGCACGGCGGCCGAGUUCGUGUGGGGCGACGAGCAGUCGGAUUACGUGUGCAACACGCAGCAGCCCGGCUGCGAGAACGUGUGCUACGACGAGGCCUUCCCCAUCUCGCACAUCCGCCUGUGGGUGCUGCAGAUCAUCUUCGUGUCGACGCCGUCGCUGGUGUACGUGGGCCAUGCCGUGCACCACGUGCACAUGGAGGAGAAGCGCAAGGAGCGCGAGGAGGCCGAGCUCAGCCGCCAGCAGGAGGCCAACGAGGAGCGGCUGCCGCUAGCGCCCGACCAGGGCAGCGUGCGCACCACCAAGGAGACCAGCACCAAGGGCAGCAAGAAGUUCCGGCUGGAGGGGACGCUGCUGCGGACCUACAUCUGCCACAUCAUCUUCAAGACGCUCUUCGAGGUGGGCUUCGUGGUGGGCCAGUACUUCCUGUACGGCUUCCGGAUCCUUCCGCUGUACAAGUGCAGCCGCUGGCCGUGCCCCAACACGGUGGACUGCUUCGUGUCGCGUCCCACCGAGAAGACGGUCUUCAUCAUCUUCAUGCUGGCCGUGGCGUGCGUCUCGCUCUUCCUCAACUUUGUGGAGAUCAGCCACCUGGGCCUGAAGAAGAUCCACUUUGUGUUCCGGAAGCCUCCGCAGGCGCUGGGCGAGGGUCGCGGCUCGCCCGACAAGGGCCUGCCCGUGGGCGUGUCCUCGCUGCAGAAGGCCAAGGGCUACAAGCUGCUGGAGGAGGACAAGGCCACCGCCCACUUCCUGCCGCUGACGGAAGUGGGCAUGGAGGCCGGGCGCCUGCCCUACCAGGCGUGCGGCGAGAAGGGCGAGCAGGCGUCCGCCCCGCCGCCGGAGGACGAGUCCAAGGUGUACGACGAGACGUUGCCCUCGUACGCGGCCACCACGGGCGCGGCGGCGGCGGCGGUCGCCAUGGGCGCCAUGGGCACCGUCUCGGUGCAGGACGAGGAGGACCUGGAGUCGCCGCUGGAGGCCGAGGCCACGGAUACGAUAGAGGACACGCGACCCCUGAGCAGCCUGAGCCGGGCGAGCAGUCGCGCGCGCUCCGACGACCUGACCGUAUGA